GGAUGAUAGCUGAAGACUUAAUGUGAUACACUCUCUGGGUUUUUAGAAGUAAUUUAAAAUCAAAGAUGCCUUCACAGACAGCUGAAAGAGUUAAUGGCAGUUGUGAAGGCUUUGGAAGUAACUGCAAAGAAAAGAAAAAUAACAGAACCAAUUCCGCACGACCUUUCAACCAACUUAGGUUGAGCUUGCGUAAGAUGAAGUAUCGCUUCAUGAGUAAAGUUCUCAAGAUUGUGGGAACUAAUAAAGAGAAAGCUGAUCUCCACUGGGAUGAGUCAAAGAUGAUCAUCACAGAACUUGCCGCUGAACUGAGUAGAGUUGUCCAGAUCAGCAACAACUUCCUGCUGACCAAAAUGAAUGAGUGUGGAUGUUGUUAAGAGGAGUGUCCAGACUUCAUAGCGCAGUGGGCUAAGGAAGUGAAACAACAAUCACAGAGAGGACAGACAACAGCUUUGGAACUCACAACAGACUGGAGAAGAGAGAAGGCUUGUGAGCAGCAGGUACAAUACAGGGAACAGGUACUGAAGGAAGCCAUAGUGGUCCUGUCUGACUGGGCCCAGACACUCAAAGAGAUGAAAUCGAACUCAGUGUGUCCAGGAGAGGAUGUCUGUUCAGUGCUAGAGGAUCUGGAGAGACAGUGGGACAGCGGGACACUUCCCAGCAUGCUCCCUGUCAUGGACUUCCUCAUCUGGACUGUGCUGCAGCAACAGCCUCACCAGCCCUUUCUACAGGGUUCCAUUGAAAAGCAGUGGCUCAUGUACAAACACAUGUUCAGAAGUAGAGUGGCUCUUAAUCGUAUUCCUGAUACAGUUUGGAGAUGGAUUUUGAAAGCAUCAGCCAAGAUCACUCUGGAUCCAAGCACAGCCAACCCAAAUCUCCUACUCUCCGCGGACAACCAACGACUGACAAUGGGGACGAUCAUUGAGAGUGUCUACAAUCCUUGGGAUCACUGUGAAAUUACAUCAAACAUGUACAGUGGGUGGUGGUGUGUACUGGGGACUGAGGGUUUUACUUCAGGGAGACAUUACUGGGAGGUGGGGGUCAAAGGGAAGUCAGAGUGGAGGAUAGGGGUAGUUAGAGAGUCAGCACCUCGACAUGGUUUUACUCAUCUAAACACACAAACGGGUUACUGGACUCUGCGUCUACAGCUUGGGGAGCUCAUGGCUGUAACCACACCAGUCACUAAACUGACCCAGUGUGUCCCCUCCAAGGUAGGAGUGUAUCUGGAUUUAGAGGAGGGACAGGUCUCCUUCUAUGACGCAGAGAAAAGACUCCAUAUUUACACUUUUUAUGUUGACUUUGAUCUAUCUGAAAAUAUCUACCCCAUGUUUCACACCACAGAGACAAAAAGAGAGCUAGUCCUUCUGGGGAAUAAAUAA